GGGCACCGGGCGGGCCGCCCGCAGCGCAUGGCCGCGGGGCGCUGAGCUCCGAGCUCCGGACCGGGACCUCCGCGGGCAGGAAGAUGCGGCUGAGCGUCUACUUCACGUGGGGCUGCAGCAUCGUCCUCGCCGCGGGAUACAACGCCUUCGGGAAGGGCGCGGAGCCGGCGGGCAAGAAGCAGUACCGGGUCCAGCACGGGCCGUGCAGCUACACCUUCCUGCUGCCCGAGGCCGACAGCUGCCGGCCGCCCUACGUGCCCAACGCCGUGCAGCGCGACGCGCCGCUUGACUACGACGACUCCGUGCAGAGGCUGCAGCUGCUGGAGAACAUCAUGGAGAACAACACCCAGUGGCUCCUGAAGCUUGAGAAUUACAUCCAAGACAGUAUGAAGAAAGAAAUGGUAGAGAUCCAGCAAACUGCAGUGCAGAACCAGACUGCAGUAAUGAUUGAAAUAGGCACAAACUUACUAAAUCAAACAGCUGAGCAGACCCGCAAAUUAACAGAUGUUGAAGCACAAGUAAGUAAAGAAUUUCAACCUAAAAAUGCUUCUGCUUCCCAAACGCCUGUAACCACAUUUAACGCAGUUUAGUGUUACAUUAUGCAG